AAACCUUAGAGAGUAGAAAAAAUAAUAGACAAACAAACUGCAAAAACACACCUUUAUUUUGCAAUAUUCGGCAAAGGCAAUAACAAAACACCGUCUAACCAUCAUGUUCAACAGUGCUCAAUAAAGGCUGGACAAACCACCAGCAUAGACAAUAACCUGUCUAUUUUAUUCAGGUUAGUCAGCAGUGCAGAGCAGACAGUUCACCCGAAAAUAAAGUAGGCUAAAAGUAAAAGAAAUUAAAAUAAUGAAAACUCUCAGCAGAGAACGGUUUGAAAUAAAUCAGGUUUAUAUGAAUAUAUAUUUUUUAAUACAUUUGAAUAAUAAAAAUAAACUAAAAAUGUAUUUUGAUCAAACUUGCCUGGGUGGGCCAGGGAGUAAUGUGGGCGGGCCAGUGCCGCCCUGGCCCAUCACUGGCUACGCGCCUGCUUUGUAUAUUAUUACGGUAAUCUAGUGUAAUGCCGCUUAUUUUGGGGUCUGGUGAUGCCCUGUAUGACAAUUGUUGUGUCAUCACUGGUCGUCCAGCAGGGACGUGUCUUUUCUAACGCUGAAGUGCACAUUGUCAGUAAGACACCGAAGAAGGCAUCACGCCGAGACGCCUCUGUGCGGAGACCUUGAAUAAAACCGUAUGAAGCAGCGCGCGACCUCUUCUGUCGUCGUUUGGCGGAGGGGAAACAUCACGUGUCACACAGCGGGGCGGUGCCCCCACAAUAGAGGACUACUACAAGAAAAAACGAUUAUGAAAUAAACAGAAAGCCGAUGUUUUAGGAAAUGAGGCGGGUUUCUGGCGCUUUAUUUUAGGAGGUGGGGCUGAUUGCACGUAGUCCGAUCAUUCAGGCAGGCGGCGAGUUUACGGCAGAUCGCCUCUGAACUUUGUUAUUUUGUAUCAGGUUAAACAGCCGAGCGCCAACAAGGCCAAAGGGGUUUAGCGGGACCAGCACAGCGCUGCCCUUAUCUCCGCGCACUACCCCCUUCGGUUAUUUGGCAGGACAGAUGGCCGCUCCCGAUAGCUGUCGGUUCAUUUUCUGCAUAACAGUCUUGUCUUGAAGUGGUAUUUUGCGAAAUUUCUGUAUUGAUUGUUUCCAAACGGUCAGCAUGGCUACGGAGGGGCAGCCUACGGAUUUCGUGAAGGUGCUGCACCUGCUGGCGAUGUCCUUCGUCUGGGGCACACAGGUGUGGGUUACCUUCAUAGCGGGGUUUGUGCUGGUGGCCCGAGUUCCUCGGCACACCUUCGGCCAGGUGCAGGGAGUCCUCUUCCCCUUUUACUUCUACAGCCUCCUGGCCAGUAACUUCUUCAGCCUCGCGGUGUUUGCCGUGUACCACCCCCGCGAGCUGCUGGACUGGCACGAGGCGCUGCAGGUAUGCCUGUAUUUCAGCGCCCUGCUACUGGUGGGCCUGAACGCACAAUGGUUCAGCCCGUCCACCACAGAAUUAAUGCUGCAGAUGCAGGAGGUGGAGCGGGAGCACAGUUUGGGGGGUGAGGUUGGGCUGAAGACCAAGAAGGAGGAGUACACCAAGCUGCGAGAGAAGGACCCCAAGUACAAGGCCCUCAGAGCCAGCUUCUUCCGGUACCACGGCCUGUCCUCGCUCUGCAAUCUUCUGGCCCUCCUGUGUACCACUGUGAACAUGGUCUACACGGCCCUGCAUCUCAGCACCAUCUAACAGACCACAGAUGUGUGUUGGGUAUCAUUCCAAGUCUGUUUUUUAUUUUAGAUGUUUCGUUAUGGAGAUGUGAAUAUAGUCAUUAAUCAUGAAUUUUCCUUAAAAAACGUACACUUCGUUCAGGGUGCAAACCCUACAUGGUGUUAAAGAGCAAAGAUUGUGUUACACAGCAACGUUGAUAAAAAUGUUUUCUAAAAUGGCUGAUUUUCAUUGUUCCAGCAGAGGCAAGAAUAUUAUUUAAUUUUUACAAAUGGAAUUUCCAUGUGAUUUCACAGAUUUCUUGAAUUUCUUGUUUUUAAUAAAUUAGUAAGCUGUGAGCCUCAGCUUUUAUUUUAUUGCCACAGUUCAGUGCAGUGAUGGUGUGAAACAUACAUGAAUUAAUGAGACUGACCAGAAAUACCUACAUUAACUUGCUGUCUAUAUUGCCAAUCAUGUUAGAAGACAAAACCUAUUAAAACUGAUGAAUGUAAAAAAUA